UGUUACGGAUCCAGUUAAUGUAACAAACAACAAAGUUCAUAAACUCGUCUGAGAGACACAUGUACAAACUCAUCAGAAGUUAAAAGUUAAUGCCGCAAAUACAAAAAGUUCUGCAGACUGUCUUUAUUAUCUGUAGCUGUGUACCUGUUUUAAGUAAAGUUUAACAUCUCAACUUCUUCUAUUGACAUGGUCCCGAAAAGAAAACUGUUGUUUUGAAGAAAGGGGUCAAAAAUGCAUUUAAACCAUUAGAUUCCAUGAAGACAGACACCAUGUCUACAAUGCAGUGGAAGAAACAGUGGAUUGUUGCUAUUGGUAUUGUAGUAACUGUGUUCUUGAUCUACUUGUUUGUUUCUGUAGGCUCAUCCAACAAUAAAUUCACAACAGAAUGGCCACAGGAAACAGAAAAGGAACAUAAUCAACAGUAUCGUUUCUGGCCCAAUUUCAGGGUAGAUACUCAACAUAAUGAGAAAUGGCUUAAAUCCACAUGUCUCAAGUCUGAAGAUGAUUUAUCUCUAGAUGGAAUUCUGGAAAUUCAGAAAAAAUGGAGUAAAAGUCAAGAUUCUGAAUGCAGGAGAGUGUACACAAUGUUUACAUCAAUAUUUACCAUAACAUCCCAUCCUGCAAGGGUAGUAAUUCCAGACACAUUUGCUGUUAAAGUUAGAAAAUGGCUGGGUAACAAAGAAGAAUUGUUUCAGGCUGUUAAAAAACAAACAGUAAUGUUUAUCUACAAUGAAUAUACUAGAGAACAGAAUGUAUAUAAUCCACUGAGAGAGAAGAGACCAAUGGGUGUUCCACCUAGACCUGAAAGGGAAUAUGUAGAAGAACUGGUACAGAAAACUGAACCAUCCUGUGACUUCUGUAAAUACAAAUUGAAUACAGCAGAAGACACAUUUGGUCGGGUAGAAUCAGAACAUUCCUUCACGGCAGCUAACACCUUCAAACUAGACUCCUGGCAUACAUUGAUUCUUACAAAGAAACAUCAUCCACUAAACUGGACCUAUACAGAGUAUAGAGAUCUGAUGACCACGGCACAAAAAUGGUUAGAUAAAGCAUAUCAACAAAAUUCACGGUACAAAUAUCCCAUGUUUGUGUGGGACCUACUACCACAUGCAGGUGCUAGUCAAAUUCACCCACAUGUACAUGGAUUUUUAGAUGCAGAUAGAUAUCAAGGUGCUGUAGAGAAUUGGAGAGUAGGAGCAGAUGAGUACAAUGAAGAUUUUCCAACUCAGAAUUAUUUCUCUGAUCUUGUGUCGGUACACAUGUCCUUAGGAUUAGCAGUACAGUAUGGAGACGCAGUAGCUAUAGCUAGUAUUUUACCAAAAAAAGACAAUGAAGUUAUAGUAUUAGGCCAAAAGCCAUCAGAAGAUUUUUUCAAAUUACAAUAUUUUGUUUAUAGAGCUUUCAUAGAAGAUAUGAAAAAGUUAUGUUAUAGUUCAGGCUUUGCUUUACCCAGUUUGGAUGAGGCAGCUGGGGAAGGAAAAAUUCCAGCAUAUGUAAGAGCCAUAACCAGGGGUGCAGUAGAGGAAAUAAGAUCUGAUAUAAGUUCAUUAGAAUUAUUUACUUCACAAAAUGCCAACACAGAUCCAUAUAAAGUCAUCAAGUUCAUAAAAGAAUCCAUAAAGAAAAGGUCAUGAUAGUGAAAGUACAUUACAAAUCUGUGAUUUAUCAAGUUUAUGUGUAUGUGAGUUAAUAUUUUGUGAAAGUGUGUAUUUAAAAAACGUAUGUGUGCUGAUCUUUUUUAUAAUAAAUAUUAAAUUAUUUAUAUGUGGGAGUGCAAUUUCAAAAGAUAUGUUAAAGAGAACUAUUUACAUAUUAUUGUCAUUGGAUAUUGUACAUUGUUUUGCUUGGACCAUAUUGGACCGAUUGGUAUUUCAACUUGGGGCUUUCAGAGUACUUCAAAUAAUUAACCAGAUAGGAAAUCCGACUAAAUUAUGAUUUAGAAGUAAAGUAUUGUAACAUGUUACACAAAAUAUAUGUACUCAAGUGUGCUAAUUAAUUCCAAAACAAAAAUGGUGUAACUGUUACAGGAAUGUGAAUUUUUAUAACUUAAAGAAAAUGAUAAAAAAAUCAAUAGAAAAAAGAAAGAGAAAUAUUCAUCUGACUGCCAGCAAAUAUUAUAUUUCAAGUAAUUUAAAUGAAAUGAAGGAAUUUGCUUUACUUUACCAAUAUAUUAGACGGAUAUUUUCAACAGUCUAAAAUUUUUAAUAUGCUAAUUAUAGAAUCUGUCAAUGUCACUUGUGUUUGUAAAUAGCUUUUAUUUCAAAGGGGAGACUUUUUUUUAGUUUUAGGGAAAAAAGGAGGCUGUAUAGUAAUAAGACAUGGUAUUGAAUGUAGUCAAUUCUUAUAUAAGGGUAAUUUGAAUGAUAUAUGUAUAAAUAGAUAUUUAUUUAAUUUAUGAUUGAAUUAUGAAUAAUCGAUUUUGCACAAGAUCAUUCUUAAAUAAUGAUCCAUCAUCAUCUAAGGUGUAAAUAUUAGAGAUUUUAUGAAAUGAAAUACACAUGUAUAGAUAUUUUUUUAAUAUCUCAAGAGUCAUGGCAGUGUUUUACCAGUGCUCUAAAAAUUGUUCUUCUCUGUUGUUGUUGAUUGGAUGUAUAAACGAACAAUUUUUAAUGGCAGUUAAAGGUUAUGUAUGUUUCAUUGUAUUUUUUUUCUUCAUCAGAUCAUUUCUUAAUUAUCCAUCUCAUUGUCAACUGUUGUUUUUUUAUAUAUCAAAAUAUGACGGGUACACAUGUAAGUAUGCAGUUUUUAAAUUGAUACAAUAAACAAAAUCUGUUUUUUUGGUAAAAAAAUAGUUGUUACCUUAAGUUUAGAUAAUUUGAAUUUCUUGAAAAUGAAUAGAUUUUCUGCAUCAAUAUUUGCCAACUUCAGUAAAAUGUGGACCAAUCUCCUAUAGUCUUUAGUGAUCUGAGAUGGUUGACUACUCCCCUAUGGAUGAUUGCUUUUCACAUGUUUAACUUUCUUAGAUAUUUUGUAGUUCCUCUGUUUUUUUCUUAGGAUAUUCAUUGCCAAUUUUUCCCAGCAGCCUCUAUUGUUUUACAUUUUUUAACAGCUUUCAUCUCAAAUAAACUUCUGAUAAUUAUUUUUAAUUUGUUUAUAUCUUAUAUAGUCUUCAUUCAGUUAAACAUUUAUUCCUACUCAUGCAUUCCUUAUGAAAAAUCUAGAUUCCAGAGACAUAUUUGAUUUCCUUAUAAAAGUUGAAUGUUUGUAUCUCAAAAAGAGACACAUUGACUUGUUUCAAUUUUUCAAUGAUUUUGAGGUUAAAUGCGCUAUCCAUUUAUAAAAGAAUGUCAUUUAAGAAAAUGUUGUUAUUGUGAAUUUUAUUGAACUUUCUGAAAUGAAAAAUACAAAAUUAUGAUUGACCUCUGCAAAACCAUACUAUUUUUAGUUGUUAUUUGUUUUUGAUACUGUUAUUGUCCUCAACAUUUACCUACAGAGAAAUUAUGUAAUUAUACGUCUUAACCCAUUGUACUAUUUUUCCUUAUUCUACAAUUCCUGAUUUCAAUUCUAUGCAAUCAAGCUUUAUUUAUUAAUUGUGUAAAAUUUUAUUAAAUGAUUAUUUAUAUUCUUA